AUGGCCGAGAAGCGCGAUCGGUAUGGUACAGGAGGAGAUCCAUCGAUUGCGCAGAGAGGGCAUGGACAUGGAAGUGGGAAUGGUAGUGGUGGACGAGGAUAUAAUCGACGCGCGCCUCCAAAUUUGGGAUUCGAUGGCGAGGGGAGCUCAGUUUCGGGUCGCGGACAAAGUGAUAGGAGAUACGGUUCUAUGCCCCCAAACACGCCCAUGACGCCCUACACGCCAGUAACUGCAGGAUAUGAUGGUGGAGAGAGCUUUAUUUCGACAGAUACACCGAGACACGAUCGUUAUUAUGGUGGAGAGAGUGCGAUUGGAGGACGACCAGCAGUUACACCGGGAGCUGCAGGCUAUCGUGGCGGAGAAGGCUCUUACAAUGGUGGUACACCACAAACCGGCAGAUUUAAUGGCGGAGAAAGCUAUGGCGAAGGUCGCGCUCCUAGGCCAGGAAGAUACGAUAUCGCUGAGAGUACUAUGUCUGUUGACACACCACGAACGGGUCGAUUCGAUCCGGGUAUGGAAAGCUCUAUCGCGCAUCCCGAUACGCCGCGCACUGCUCAUUAUGAUACCACUGCGACUACCAUGUCCAUGGACCCAUCACGAACAGGACCAUAUGAUAAAGAGAAUACAAUCACGGUAGCAGAAUAUUAUGACCCCGAACGAGCACGAGAAAAUGAACGACAAAUGAUGGAGCGCGAGAAAUCUGAACGAGAACGAGGAAUGCGACAACCUUCAGGAAUGGAAUACGGGCCGCGACCAACGGAAUAUUUGAGUACAUCAGGAUCAUCUACUUCCUCUUACCUCGAUAUCUCUCACCAUUUUCCCACAAAAGGCUUUAGUUUCAAGUCUUUCUUCUCGACACCAUCCGAAAAGUCUGAUUCGAAGAAGAAGAAAGAGAAGAAGAAGAAAAGUAAGAAAUUGACGAAACACAAUUCCUCAUCAAGCUCCUCUUUGAAUGAAGAUUUAGCUUUUGGAACCGGAUUCCUCAGAUACCGAAGGAAGAGGAGUGUGAGAGCUAGGGAUGGAAGAGACAGGCAAUGGGAAACCAUAGGAUAUAAGUCCAGUAAGGAAAACCUGAAAGAUACUCGAUCUUCCACGAAUGAUAGACCUACGAGCUCGAAACGACCAGCCACCGAUGCUGAAAUUUUGGCUUUAGGUGCUGGAAUCGCUGGACUUGCCAAACUUGCACUCGAUCAUGGCAACAAAGACGCCAAGAAUGGUAAGAACGGGCGCGGUGUUCCCGAAACCGGUACUUCUAGUCGAAGGGAUGAGCGCGGCCUUCCACCUUCCAAGGCUAUUCCAUACGAAACCGACCCUAAUGAUGACGAGGGAUGGGAAUCAGCCUCUGACGACGAGUCAGAUUCAAGUGCUGAUACUGGUUUGGCGUUCGGAGGUGGUAGUCAUGUUGGCAAGAAAAGCCAGGCUAGCUUCUUUGGACGCAAGAAGACCCAUGGCCCAAAGAGUCGAAAGAGUAACGUGGUCGAUCCAAGACUGCUUGGACCAGAGAAUUCCCUCAAUGGGUAUUUGUCAGAUAGGGCUGUGGGCUUUGAAGACGUGCAAUGGGAGUCAGGCAGUGACUUUGGUCAACACGCUUACAUUCCUUACAUUCAUCCAGACAGACAGGUGGAUACAUUGUAUGUGCACGAAAGGGUUAGGAUAAGCAGGACCCAAAGUGUUGGUAGUGGUUCGCAGACCCCUCUCCAAGAAGUCUUCCCAGUCCCCACCAAUGAUCCCUCUCGAUUCGAUGUGGCGCGAGCAUCUUCGUCCGAAUACAACGCCUCUAGACCUGCACCAGUUCCCAUUCAGCAACCCCAACCCAUUACUCCGGUUUCUCAUAGUGUUUAUCACGAGUCAAACUACGUUCGUUCAGAAUCUGGCGGGAUCUUGAAAAGCUCUUCUGGUAGAUCUAAAUCUUUAGCUAGCGCGGCCUUAGCUGGCGUAGCUGGAGCUGCUGUUGGAGCUGCAUUUGCAUCUAGCCGUCGAGAUGAAAACGAGAACUAUCGUGAUGAUGAUCGAAGAGACAAUCGGAGCUAUAGUGAAAGCGCUGUUAAUCGACGAGAUAGCGAUCGAAAAGAACGACGCUACGAGGAGGAUCAAUACUCAAUUGCCGAUAGCAGCGUCUCCAAACCUCGAGAUGAAGAUCGAAAAGAGCGCCGUCGUGAUUAUGACCAAUCCUCUAUCGCUGAUAGUAAUCUCACUUGGGAUGAAAAACGAGAGAAACGUCGCGAGGAGCGAAGAAAAGAUGACUCAAGAAGCUCCACUUCUAAUUCUGAUCGUGAUAAGAAUCGAGAAAGGAUUCGUGAUGAUCCCGAUGCUGCUGCAGAGGAGCGAGAGAGGAGACGACGAGAGAGACGCGAAGAGCGACGUGCACCCGAUCGUAUUGAAGACAACUAUGAAGAGCGACGGGCCCACGUACUCUCAGAGAUAUCGGCAAUGGCUCGCACACCCACGGAUCCAUUCCAAUAUCAGGUUGCAAACACACCACCUCGCGAGGAAAGCUCUAGUCGUCAAGCUAAAGAUCAACCUGCACCCAAUGUUGUUACUGUCGAACCCGAACCCGAUUUUGAUCGAAAGCAAAAAUCUUCGAUUAAAGAACCAUCAUCUGUUUCCCGCUCCGAACCACGCACUGAAGUUUUCGAAAAAGAUGACAAGGAACACCGAUAUAAGGAACAUGCCAGAAUCCUUCAUGAUGCCGAAAUGAUCUAUGAAGAAACCGAACAUUCUACAGCUCCGAUUGAGGCAGCAGCCAUUGCCGCCGCCGCCGCUGCUUUGGCUAGAGAAAGUCGCCGAGAAUCGAGAUCAUCAAAACGACGAGGAGAGAGACGAACUGACUCGGAGGAUCUUCCAAAAGACAGUGAUUCUACCAAAGCGCCGGAAAAAUCGCACGAUGAAGUUAUGGCAGAGGCGGAUCGAGCUUAUCGUGAAAUUCUCAUGGCUAGGAAAGUUGCUGCAGAAGUCCGCCGUUCUCGCACUCCAUCACCUGAGCGCUCUGUGAUGAACAAAUACGAAGAAGAGUCAGAAGAAGAACCACCACGAAUUGUCACUCCUCCCGGCAUGCAUGAACGCAAGAAAGGUCCCUAUGAUGCACCAAAUGCUGAUUUCAAGCUUGAUUAUAUCAUGACACCUAGAGAUCUAAAAGUCUACAGCAUUCCAAGCAGGCGAUACAAGGUUGAUGAAGCUGAUUUGAAGGGUCCAUUCAUGACAAAGGAUCCGGAUGCUAAACUGCCUCGACCUAUCCUAAAUUUGAUUCGACCCACUCCUACUUCAACACCAUCACCCGAGAAACAGUUUGCUGCCAUGGCAAAGAAUGAAAAUGUGAAGAAGGAAAGUUCUAAUCGGUCGGAUGAUCGCCCCGUUGAAAGACGCCGUUCUGAACCUCAACUUGAACCAGAACGACAUUCCAAGACCGAGGAUAAGAAUGGAGAACGUGAGCAACCUGCUAUACGAUCGCAAGACGAGCCAGCCCAACCCAGAGAUAAGAUGGAGGAUCGUGAACAAACUUCAUCAUAUCGAUCACAAGAUAGGCCUAGUGAGACAGCACAGAUCCGCGAGCAGAUUCCAUCAUACCGAUCAAAAGAGGAGUCACAUGAUCAAGAUCGUCCAAAACGUGAUAGAAGAGAUAUUGCUCCCAUCAUCAUCAGUCCAAGAGGAGACCUUAUUCGCUCAUCUGAUGUUUCUGUUCCAUCUCCUACUCAGUCCACAGUCUCGAAGGCUGUUACCUGGGGUCCAAACGAGACAAAACACUUCGAAGUCGAAAGUCCCACCGAACCAAAGGAUGAGUACAUUUCCGAUUCAUCCCCAGAAACUCCCGAGAAGCCAAGUUUUUCGGAGCCAAGAUCGGAGUCACAGAUUGAACCAAAAUCUCCCGGCGGAUGGGCAGCAAUGGCAGCAGGAAUUAUUGGUGCAGGCGUGGGUGCCGCAGUAGCAGGCCCGAGUGAAUCUCCUAAACAAGCUGAGCGACCUGAAUCUCCUAAGAAACCUGAGCGAGCCGAGUUAAGUGAGCUCGCCAGGAUCUUGAAGGCUAGGGAUAGUGAACGACCCGAAUCCCCUAAACGAGCUGAGAUCAGUGAACUUGCUAGAAUUUUGAAAGAAAGAGAAAGGGAGCGACCUGAAUCCCCUAAAAAACCUGAGCGAGCCGAGGUAAGUGAACUCGCCAGGAUCUUGAAAGCCAGGGAAAGUGAGCGACCUGAAUCUCCCAAGCGUGCCGAAGUCAGUGAACUUGCCAGAAUCUUGAAAGCAAGGGAACAGGAGCGCAACGAAAGGCCUUAUGAGUACAGAGGUGUAAUGGUAGAACCUGAGAGUCCAUACGGAGAACCGAGGCGAGAUAGUCCACCUCAAGAUAUGGGAAGAGACGGUCUGUAUCGAGGUGUGAUUGUAGAGCCUGAGAGUCCAUACGGGGAAUUAUUUCGAGAUGUGGAAAGAGACAGUCUGUAUCGAGGCGUGACGGUAGAGCCCGAGAGUCCAUACGGAGGAAAGAGAAGUCAAAGUCCACCUCGAGAUAACAGGAGGGAAAGUCUAUCCCAGCAUACGAGAAGAGAUAGUCCACCAAGCGUUGGUCCCAAGCCCGUUUCGCCACCAAUUACACAUAUGCCUGGUGCUUUUGACGACGAUUUGGAUUUCGCUGCAACAGUGGCAGCUGGUUUGCAAGAUAGUGGCUUCAACCCUAAUAUCGUGAUUGAGGACCCCACGUUCCGAAAACGUGAUUCCCCACCUGGUUCUAAUGAAUACAAAACACCAUGGGCAGAAUCCAUUGACGACCUCUCAAGCAUUCCCGGCGAAAGCUCCUUAAAUCGUGGUUUUGUUAUGGGCGAGGUGCUAGAAACCCCGAAAGAUUGGUCGAGUGUUUCGCCCGCCAAUGAAGAAUCACCCAAUCUUAAUAGGAAAGAACAGAAAAGGCUUGAAAAAGAACGGAGACGAAGUGGUGGUGAUUUAUCAUCGCCAUUAAAUGAUGUUAUCGUUGAAGAACCUGAAAGCUAUUUUGAUUCCUCUAGGCAGAAUAGAAAGGAACAAAGGAGACGUGAUAAGGAGGAAGCAAGAACACAAUCACUUCUGAGGGAAGAAUCUUCAUUUGUUGAUAUUAUGCCAAACCGCGAAUUAGUCGAAGAACCGGAAAGUUACAUUGAGCCUGUUGACACUCCCAAGAAGUCCAAAAACUCAUCUCGAUCAUCGACGUAUGAGGAUAUCGACCUUGAUUCAUCUGCUUCAAAACCCAAAAGGAAAUCUAGCAAGCGCUCAUCAACUUACGAUGGCAAAGUCGACUCUCCAUUGCGUGAAAGUCGCAGGACCUUCUCCAUGGAUGACAUCAAGAACGGCGACGAAUCCAAAAUACCUAGAAAGUCGAAGCGCGACAAUGUUAGAUUUGACUCAUCCUCUAAUUCAGCCCCACCUCCAGAGGUUGACCCUGAAUCUAGCAGAUCACUGAGAAGAAAGUCAAAAGAGAAAUUGGGAAGCAAGAGUGAACGUUAUGAUUCUCCUGACCCUUCACAAAUCUCAUUGCCAGCCUCUGAUAAUUAUGAAGAAAUGGAGUUGUCUAGAGAGCCAGACCGACCAUCACGUCGAGAUGGCGAUGAUCCAUUGUGGGCUUCAUCCCGUUCAAUCUUAUCAGCUGGUAGUAGCUCAAAGGUGGAUGAAGAGGAUUCGCCACAAAAGAACCGAAAAGAUCGCAGCAACACCAAAGAAAACAAUGAUGCUACACGACCAAUUGCUUCGGAACCUACUCGUGAUGAUAAUGAAGAUUCAAAGAAGAAGACAAAGGAGACAACGCCGAAGAAGAGUGGUGGACUGUUCGGUUUCUUUAGCGGUGCCAAGGCAGAAGCAGCAAAGGAGGAAUUAACGAAAGGAAGUCGUGAUGAUCCUGACGAUGUCAAGAAGAAAAAGAAAAAACGGAGUUCAACGUCAGAUGGGAUAACUGAGGGUCAAUCUUUCAGUGAUUCUCAGCUGGUUUCAAGUGAAACUAAUGGCCACAAGACACGAGGUGAGGAUAGUGUGCAAGAUUCUAGGAAUGAUGGAGAGAGGAAGAGGAGUAAAAGUUCAGAUUCGAAGAAGGGUUCUUUUUUAGAUAAUGCCGGCAUCCUUGGCGCGGGUGCCGGCCUUGCUGCUGGUGCAAUUGCAAUUUCUGCUCAGCACCAACAGCAACAUGCCGCUAAUAAUAAUGAUAGCGAGGGAAGUACGGGGGAAAUGGGAAAGCAGGAAACAGAAGAAGAUAUAUUGGAUCCAGAGAUUAUCGAACGACAAAUCAGACCCUCAAUUGACCCUCAAUAUGGAGAUCUUUUACCAUUGCCGCCAAGUGGUUCAGUUUCACCUAAUUGUGAACCAAUUGAUGACCUGCCCAAACUUCCAGAAAGUCGACCUACAACACCUGAAUCUGAAAAACGGACUGAGACUCCUGUAAAAUCUCCAAGCCAAAGUGCCGUGCCAUUAAAAUUCGUCAUGGGAAACCGAUCCAAUCCGGCCUCACCUAUUAUAACGAGAUCUACUGGUAAUACGCCCUUUCCUACUUUCCAUCCCUCUCCAAUUGCAGAAUCAGCCACAAUUCCAAGAUCUAGAUCAAGACCUAUGUCAUGGGAUAAUACCAAGGAAUUCAAGCCCCUGUAUCUAUUAGAGACUAACAGACGUGGGUCGUUCGUGCCAGAAGAGUUAAUUGACCCGCUCCCACAUUUACCGCCGUCCCGAACCAAUUCAGAACUUGACGUGGCGGAUCUACCCGAAUCGGGCUUUUUGGAAAAAUUGGACCUUCACCGCCCUUCACGAGACCCACUUUCAACCAACCUCCCCUCCGAUGAUCACACCUCCGGAGAAUCCACACCGACUGCGAGUACUUUUAAAAGGGAUUUAGCGCCAUCAGUGGAGUUUCUUCAAGAUUCUUUCCCCUCACUGGAAGAAAAACAAACUUUAUCCUCUGAUGCAAUUCAUGAGCAAUCUUCAUCUGAAUCAGCAGCUAAAGCCAUUGGAGCCGCAGGAAUUGCAACUGCAGCCGGCCUUGCUAUUGCAUCUAAUGAUACAAGCGAUGAACAGGAACCAAGGUCUUCUCAAGAGAUCCAAGAAAAGAGUGAAAACGACGAUUUAGAAUAUUCAUCUGAGUCACAUGACAUACCCUCCGAACGGAAGGAGACAUUGCAAACCCUAAGUGGAACUUCGAGCAAUCAAACAAUGAGUAUCGAAGAGGAGGUCGAACAGACCGAAGAAUUUCCUUUGUCAGAUUUCAAGAAAAUUGAGCGCAAAAAUUUGACGCUUGAAUCAGAUGACAUUCAUGAUCAAGCCGAGAAUACUCCGGAGCCUAUUCAUGAACUCUCCAAUCCAGUUGAGGACGAACAUGUCGAGUCUGUAGAUAACUUAUCUACUCCAGAGUCUAAGAACAAUCAGGGUAAGAAUGAGAGAGCUAUAUUAUCUCCGGAGUCGGAAGUGGAACUCCAAAGCGAAUUUCCUGGUCAAGAGGACACACAAGGACCAAAAUCCGACCAUGCUUCAAGUGAAACACAUGGCUUGACCGGACCGGCUAAACAUCUUAUCGAACAAGCAGCUACCCCCGAGGCUCAACUCGUUGAAUAUCCUACUCAGAACUCCGAAGAGGAGAAAACACACGAGAAAGCAGACAAAAAUGUUCUAUCCUUCGAGCCCGAACUGGAGACAAACAAUGUGGACAGUGUAGAGCCGUUCAAACCUUUGGAUGAACACACUUCAAUUGACAAGCUGGUUGAUGAACCGCAACAGCAAGUGCAGGAAUCUGGCCAAAUUGAAGAAGCUUUGCCUUCAGCUGAGAUUAACCCGAUCGAGGAACCCUCUGUUCCCAAGUCCAAGAGGGACAGGAAGAAGGACAAGAAGAAGGCAAAAGCUGAUGCUCUUAGACUGGAAGAACUCAUCACUGAACCAAUUGUUGAACCUAUGAUUGAAGUCCCAAUACAAGAACCAUCACUCGAGGUAUCGUCAGAGCUUUCCCGCGAGGUUUCCCAGCCAUCUUCUCCUCUAGCCAGCCCCGAGGCACAAGCAUUCAAUGAUUCUGUACUGUCGGAGAAUUCUGGUGAUAUCACGCCCACAGUUUCCGAGUUUUCUAGCCCGAACUCGAAAAGAGAUAGGAAGAAGUCGAAAAAAUCUAAAUCGAUUCCUCUUGACCCACAACCGGAACAAGCUGUGGUACAGCCCGAGCUCAAUGAGCCUGAAAUAUCUCAAUCUGAAGAUGUCACGAGGAAUCCUCUAGAUUUGUCUCAAGAAUUAAUUCAAGAACCCAUUCAAGAAGAACCUAGUACGCCUGUCAAUGUUGAGCCAAUUGAAGAGUUUUCAACCCCAAAAUCCAAGAAAAGUAAGAAGGACAUGAGAAAGGCAAAGAAGGAACAACUUGCGAAUGUCCAGCAGGACCCAAUUGAUGUCACACAGGAGCAGGAGCAAGUACCUGAAUUGCAAGAAAAGGAACUACCAGAAGCUCUUAUCUUGAAAGCGACGCCGAACUUCGAUGACAUUACUCAGGCGAUCACCUCUCCUUCUUCGAAGAAGAAUAGAAAGAGGAGCAAAAAGGGUAAGACUGCGGACAUAGAGGAACCCAUGGAGACGUCAAUUUCUAGUCCUGUUCCAGAGGGUGUGUCAGAGAAACCAACACCAAUGAUUGGACAUGGUGGGUGGCCAAUCACUCCCGCUACCCCAUGGACUACCGGUGCACAAGGGACCUCUACAUCAAAUGAAAAGGACUACUUUCCAGCUGCAGAAACAAUACUACCAACUAUCAGUGCCGAAGAUACUGUACUUGGUGCAGAACAAUUGAAGUCCGAUGACGUUUCUCAAGAUAAGAAUGGGUCUGAUAGCCCUCCUACUGGACAUGAAGACAAUCAACUCGGCCUUGCAAACCAAUCACUAGAGGAACCAAAGCCACAAGAAAUCGUGAUUGAGGAUGUUUCUAAAGAGCUUGUAGGGAACGUCACUGAAUCCAAUGGACUUCCGGCCGGUUCUCAAGAAGAUGAAUCAUCUCUCCCUCGCCAAUUACCUACUGAGAUCGAAGGGAACAUCCAAGAGAAUCAUCCACCGCAAGAAGAACGGGAUCAAAUUUCUGCAAUCGAGACUCAAGAGGAGAAGCCAAUUUCCAAUGAGACUGAAGCUCCGGAUGGAUUUGAAGCUGGAUAUGAAGAUGACCAACAAGCGCUUUCUAAGGGUUUGAAGGAGGAACUCGAAUCUAGUAGUGCCAAGGACGAGAGGGACGAGGAAAGUGGAAAGCACGCCAAUCAAGAUCAAAUCGAAGGGGUUGCUUUUGAUAUUGCUUCCUCAGACAAUGCUACUAAGGAUUUGAACAAGCCAGCAAGUAUCCCUACCUCUCAGGCGGAGGGCAUCGAGAAUCCAACGAUCAAAGCUGUACUUGAAGAACCAGAGGAGAUUGCCCAAGCUGAUAAGAAGCCACAAAUGCCCGAGGACAGUGUCCCUGACGAGAACGCUAUCAAGGAACAGACUCCUUUGGAAGAGAACUCCACAAUCGUACAAGAGCCAGAGACUAUCGAGAAUACGCAUAUCGACCAGGGUUUCCCAAACCCAGCAAUGACCGAAAAGACACCCAUCGAUCCGAUCAUUUCAGCACCAGAAACCAAGGUAGAGACCCAAAGCAACGAGUCAAAGAAACAGGAGAACGACGAUAGCUUGCUUGCAUCUAAUCCUUCCAAAGACAUCAUGACACCCGACAUUUCAGAAGAAAAGACGCCCGUAGAUGCCUCUCCGGAGCAACUCGAGCCUGAGCAUUUGCAAAGUCCCGAUGAAGCUUCUAUUGCCAUUGACCCUCAACCGGCAUCUGCUACUCUUGACAAGAGCCAAGACAACGUGAUUGAACCGGCACCCAUUGAGGAAGCUCCCGUUUCCGACAAUGUGGAUCAAGCCAACAUUGAGGAAGACAAGACACGAGGAGAAGAAUCUGCUGACGUCAAGCAAGAAUUUUCGGAAACACCUCUGGAGCCUUCCACUGUAAACCGUGAAAUCGAAUUUUCUGCACCUCCUAAGAAGUCUGAGAAAGAUAAAAACAAGCGUGGCAAGCAAGCACAGAAUUCGAUUGAAGACGAGACCGUGGCCAAGGACAUCAAACCCACUAGCGAGUCGUCCAAUGUUGGAAUGCCAGUUGAACAGCCAAAUACUAUGCCUGUGGAACAAAUUAUUACUAUCCCCGCGAAAGAGCCAACUCCUAACGAUGCACCAAUGACAGCAGGACUUUCUGGCCUUAUGGGUCCUUUGACAGGAAGAAAAAAGGGUGUUUUGGAAAUGGUUCAAGCUUUGGGAUGGGGUAAAAAGAAGGACAAGGCCGCAAUUGCCGCUGCUGAGCAAGGACUCCCUCCAAGACCAUCUACAGCACGCGCUGCAUCCGAAUCUUUUAUGUCUACACCACGCGUUGUGUCUGAGUCCGCCAUGCCAAAGGUCAUCGAGACUGAACCUGUUAAAGCACCGUCACCUACUACGGAACUUGAGGAAUGGGCUGUGGCAGACGAAAACUCGAAGACAAAUUCGAAGCAGGGCGAGAAGGUCGCAAGCGAAGAUAUUGAGUCAGUGACAAGUACAAUCAUCGAAGAAGAAGCUUUACCCAUUGAGCCCAAGGAAGAAAUUGCCCAACAAAUCAUGGAGCCAUCAGUCACGAAAUCGACAGAGGAUGUACAAGAUGACCAAUCAUCUAAAAGACAAAAGGGCAAAAAACGGCUCAGCUUACAAUCAUUCAUAUCCGAAGAGGCCUCCAAAGCAUUCAGAGCUAGAGAAUCCGCUAAUCAAGGACCAGAAACUCCGUCCUUGAUGGCAGAUCCAGCUUUCAUCGAACAAUCUCAUGAACUCACUUCCAAGCCAGUUGUCGAUACACCGGUUCAAGAAACGCAAAAUCUUAAAUCUUUGAUUAAGUUCCCGACCGAUAAAUCAAAGGAUGAUAAGAAGGAACGUCAAAGUCUGCAAUCCCCAGUGUCGGAAGAAAUGCCCAAGGAAGAGGCAGAUGUGUCAAGAGACAAUGUUAUUGACAACGAGCCCCAGCUUCAAGCGCCGGAAAUCAAUGAGCCAUCUGUUGAAAGCAGUAACGAGCUUUCCGGACUUCAACGUGAACUUACCUUGGAAGAGCGCCAAGCUCCCGAAGUGUCAAAUGAAGAUGCCCCUGAACCAGUGGUCGAAAUCCCUAGACAGCCUGAGGAACUUGAUCGUGAGGCUAUUCAGGAGGAGCUUUUUACUUCACCACCACAGCCUGAGCACAUUCCUGAGCCAAUUGUUGAGAAUCCUAGCAAAUCUUCAGAAUCCCCUCGCACGAUUGACCAAGAGAGUAUUUUCGUUCCAGAACCCCUUUCGGAGGACACUCCGGAGCAAGCAACUCUUGAAAGAUCAAACGAGCCCUUGGAUGUUCCUCGCGAGGUUAUUCAGGAUGAUGAUAAUGCACCACAAGCAUCACUUGACCUUGUUGCCGAGCCAAGCGCGAUUGAUAAUGAGGCUUCUUCACCAAAUGAAUCCACUCUCGAGGAUGCCACGAAGAACGUCGAUAUUUCUGAACCAAGCUUGGUUGAUGAAUCUUUCUUGCCAAAUGAAUCGAUCCAAGAUGAUAUCAUGUCAUCUAUCGAGUAUGUUGAACCAGAUACAAGUCUUCAAGAGUCUAAGUUGUCAGUUGAACCUGUUUCUGAAGAGCUGGACAAUGCUUUUGAAGUUCACAAGCUAGACACUGUUGAUGAGCUUGCUUUGCCAAGUCACAUUGCCCUAGAGGAAGAUUCAAAAGAGGUAGAAGUUGCUGAGCCAAGUCAUAACAACGAUCAGUCUUUUUUACCACAAGAGCCACCUCGCGAGGAAAUAAACAAGGAUGCCGACGGGUCUUUGAUGGAUCAAGUUAUUCCACGGGAGGGGCCAGGAAAUGGGGAAAUUUCUGAGCCAAGCCAUACUGAUGAAGAGACUCUCUUAUGUACUGAACCUGCUGCAAAAGUUGAAACAGCUCAAGCGCAAAGCGAAAUUGAUCCUGCUGAGGAAACGGAAGUCCAAGAUGAAUCGACAUUACCCGGCACUAAGAAGUCCAAAAAAAGCAAGAAAAACAAGAAGAGUAAGAACAAAUCCCAGUCAGAGCCUGAGGUGCCAAUCGAAGUCACCAAAGAGCCUGAAAAAACUCUUCUUGUGGAGCAACAAAUCGUAGAAAAGCCAUUCGAUACCACAGAACCAAUUCGUGGAGCCUUUGAGCAGCCACUCGAAAGAUCGGUUGAGACCAUCGAGCCAGAAAGUCGUGAUUUCUUAGAACCUGCUUCUGUGCCACUUCCGGAAGAUGAUAUCAUUGAGGCCAUCGAACUUGAUGAACCCACAAGCUUCGAGACUCUACAGCCAUCUCCUAACCCCAGUCCAUCAAUCCCAAUUACUAAGGAAACCAUUAUCAGUCCAAAGAUCGAGGAGCCCAAAGGUCUUGAGAACUUAGAUUAUUCUGAGCAUGCAGCAUUGAUCCCACUGCCAGAGGACAUCGAGCAUCAAGGUCCUGAAUCUGUAGAAGCACUUGAACCAGUUCCAGAUGCUGUGGAGAACAUGAUUGAAACUCCUUCCGACAUUGAGAUUCCCGCAAGCAAAGAAACAUUGGAAUUUCCGGAACCGAUUUCUCCCAUUCUAGAAAAUUCUUCCCCAGAACCUGCUCCAGUUUCACCAAAGGGAUCUAGAAAAGAUAGGAAAAAGCGCAAGUCUACUACAUCAACGCCAUUGGCCGAAGAGUCUCUAUCUUCAGACCUGCUCCUUGAAAACGACGCCAAAGCUGUCGAGCUGACAUCGGAAGAAGCACGACUGAUCGUUCCGGACCCUCCAAUUGCUGGAUCUCCAGAGGAAGUGAUAUUCAACAAGCCACAAGAAGCCAAGUUUCUUUCAGAAUUGAACAAUCCAGAGACGGAACAGAAGGGCAUCGAACCGAUGGAGGCCAUUACAACUUUAAGUGCCUCCGAUGAGAUUGAACACGUUUUUCAAGAGAAAAAUGUCGAGCCACCCGCUGAAGUUUCAACCGAGGAAUCCAAGAAAGACAAGGAAGAGCAAAAGUCUGAAGUACCUAUUCUAGAAUCUGAAGAUAUUACUGCCCAAGCCCCACUGGAACCUUUACCAAUCCAGCCGGACGUCGAUUUAUCAAACCAAGAAACCGUUCCGAACUCUAUCGGGUCAAUUCCAGAGAGCGUGCAAACGGCCAACGAGAAUAUAUCGAUUCCCACUCUGACCGAUGUUGAGGUUAAGCAAGACGAUAGUCCCAAGUCAGAUUUGGAUGUCCCUCUUGAACAACAGGACCUUGAAUCUGUAUCCAAAGAUAUCGUGGACUUGACAAAAUCAAACUCUUCAAAUGCUCCAGUCAAAGAAUUCAAAGAGGACGAAGAGGAGCGCAAAUUCCUUGACACCAAUUCAACACUUGAGCUUCUCAUGGACAGCAAGUCAGAAAUGACCGAACUUUCCCAGCCAAUCAAUCAAGCUUCAGAAGAGGAACUUUAUAGCAAAGAACCUGCGGAGACUUUCAGAGAGACCGUUCAGCAACCAAUAGCACUUCAAAAACAUGCCUUUGAGCAGGAACAAACAGAGGAAGGUCCCGAGGUAUCUGUGGGGCCAAUAAUCGACUCAAUUGUGUCUGAACCACCGACAAAAAUUUCUCAUGGACCAACUGUCGAGUCUGAAAAUGUCAAGGAAGAUGACCUUACACCACAGGAAUCGGUUGUACAACAAGAAUCGUCAAAUGAAUCAAAAAGCAUCGAGGAGCCAUCCUUAUCAUCGCAUCAAAUCGUUGAGCCGGAAAGUGUAAAUAAGGGAUUUUUCCUACCGCAAGAUUCAAUGAUCAAUUUAAUCAUUGAUGACGAGGAGGCACCUCAAUCACAGGAAAGAUUUGUUGAGCCAGAGAUCAGAAAAGAAGAAAGCUUUGUACCGCAACAAUCAACAAUUGAACAACGGAUCAGUGAAGAGCGAACCCCUCAGCAAGAGCUAGAAACUGUGCCAGAAACUUUCAAUCCCGAAUCAAGUCUUGUACAAGACUCGGUCGUUGAGCCAAUAUCAGAGGAAGAGCAAAUUGUUGUCGAAAAACCAGUCAUCGAGCUCAACAUUCCUGAACCAUCACAAAUUGCUUUGCCAGAAUCACCAAUUGAGCAAACGUCAUCCGAGCCAGAAUUGUCUCUUCCACAAGAGCCUCUAACUGAGCCAGAGGUCAUCGAAGAAGCACCUUUUGUUCAAGAUCGUGCAACUGAUUCUCGAGGCCCGAAUAUCAAGCUAGUCAUUCCACAAGAAUCGUCCCUGGAGCAAAAGGUUGUUGAGCCUGCACAAAUUUCUUUGCCGAAAUCACCAAUCGAGCGGGAAGUAUCUGAACUAGGAAUUGCAUCUCAACAGGAGCUCGUUUCUGAAAAUCAUAUUGCUGAAGAACCAAUUCUUGCACAAGAGCACCAUUUCGAACAAGAAAGCUCACGUGCCAAAUUAGUUACCCAUUCAGAAUGGCCUCUUGAACAAAAGACUGUCGAGCCAGAACAAAUUGCCUUGCCAGAAUCGCCGAUUGAACUGGAAUCAUUUGAACCAGAAGCACUUUUUCGACAAGAGCCUAUAGUUGAGUCACAAGAUCGUCUAUUACCAAUUGACCAAUCACUUCGUCAGCCUUUAGAGUUCAACACUAGAGAGCCUAUUUCCGAGUCAAACCACAUGGAUGAUAUGUCAAUUUCACAAGAAUCAUCGGUUGAGCCAACGAAGUUAGAAUCAGAUAUGUCACUCUCGGAUCUUGUACCUGAAGAAUCAGCGAGAAAUCUCGAACCUGUUUUCCCCAAUGAAUCUGGAAAAGACAAGGAGGAAAGAGAACAGAACUUGGUCUUUUCGGAACCCUCCGGAGAUCCAAGCAAUGUUACUUUUGCUUCUCAGGUACCAGAAAAUCAAGCGCUAGAAACCGACUCCGAGUCAACACCAUCUGAUUCUGACAUUAAACCUGUAUCAAGCUCGCCAGAUAUCGUUUCCGAAAAUGUUGAGCCAAUUGCAAAUGUGGAGCAAAUCAAACUUGAUCUUGUUGAAUCUACAUUGAAUACAGAACCAAUCGCCAAUGAACAAGCUAUCGAUUCUGCUCUUGAGACGACAUCAUUCAACUCAAUCCCUGAGGACCCUGUACAUGAUCAGCCUCUUAUCGAAAGUCUGCCUGCUGAGACUGGAUCAAUACAAAGAGACGAAUGGGCCCGGCCGAUUAAGGAGUCAAAGAACGUGGAAGAGAAGGGUGAUGAUAUCCUCCAACCAAUGAAAGAGCUAUCUGAUGUUGCACCUCAAGCCCCAGGAAGCACAAGUACGCCGCUUGAGAUCGCAGAUAUUCCGUCCAUGGAAGACGAUGCAAAAGAACUAGCAAACGGGAAUGUAACUGAGACCGAUGAAGAUUCGUUCUCGGAUGCUGUUGAAUCUUUUUCUAUAGAAGAUACUGCGAUGAAUUCAACCCCUUGGGCCUCACGAGAGCCUGUUGAGGCUAUUGAGCCCGAGUUUGAAGUACUUACUCAAAAGCCAGCAGAACAGUCCAUUCCGGAAGUUAUCAGGCCACUUCACGAAGAUGAUUUCAUUCCAACCCCAAUGUCUGAGACCGUACAACAAAAUGAUGAUGCGUUCCCUAAUUUCGAAGAGAUUACACUGGAUGAACACAAAUCAACUCCAGUCGAUGAGCUAUCAAAAAUUGAUUUGCCAAGAGAGAUGCUAAAUGAGGAGCACCCAAAGGAAGAGCACAGACCAGCAGAUGAUGAUGUCACUGAGGUCUUGACCAAGAAUUCCAAGGAUAUAAAUGAUCGUGAGUUUGGAUUUUCUUCACCGGUACAGUUUAUCCCCAAAGACACCCAAAUAGGAGUACCGGAUUUUGUGGAGCCAGUACCUACAGAGAUAACACUCGAUGACUUCAAGGCCAUUCCCACUGGAGAGAUGCCAAAGGAAGUUCAACAACAAACCGAGGACGAAUGGGGUUCGAUUUCUAUCAAGAAAUCGACAAAGGGCAAGGAGACACUUGAAUCUACCUUGUCUACCCCAUUGGAGCCCGAGGUUCCCAAUGUUGCUACUGAGCUUCCUGAGGAUAUUCCACCAAAUUCUGGAAAGCUUGAAGAGCUACUUGCAACUAUUGAGGACGUACCUGAUACUCAUACAUCUUUCCAGAUUCCACAGGUUGAUAAAAUUGUUUCCGAGCAUGAUACUUCUGACAUGUCACACGAUAAGAACGAUGAAAAGGGCAAGGGAAUUUCGAGCAAAGAAGUCGACCUAGAGCUAGAAAUCCUAGCCUUGGCUAAUACCGUCGCGGUAUCCGAUAUACAAGAUGUCAAGCCCGGCGAGCGUCUCCUGACUUCUCCUAUUCCAAUACGAAAUACCGUUCCAACACCGAUUCUAACUGCAGAACCAGAUAUGAUUUCGCCUCCUCCAUCCUCUUCAUUCAAGCCGCUUAUCGAUGAGUCAAACAAUCUCUCCACUGCAUUAGUACAAGCUACUUCCAAAAAAGACAAGAGAAAACGACAAGCAACAAUAAACCUUGAAACACCCAAAGAUGAUCAACGAACGUUUUGGGCAGGUGAAGUUCCCGAAGCAGAAGUUAUCAGGGCUGUACCAGUCAUUGAAGAUAUUGGCCGGGAUGAAUUCUAUUCUCAUAUUGCCAGCACGGUCAAAGAAUCAGAAGCGAACGAAUUUUCUAGACCACCCGCCAAGAAAGGAAAGAAGAAUACGAGAAGAGAAUCAACCAAUAUCAAAGACUUCCAAUCAUCAAUGGGAAAAAAUGAACCAAUGAAGGAGCGCAAAGAGAUGCCAUCUGUAGUAGCCGCAACUGUAGCAAUUGUUAGUGCAACACUUUUGGCUAGCAAGAGCAAGGAAUCGGAAGUUAAAGCUAUUGAGGAAGAAGGAAGCCCCAUGAUUGACAAGUUAUCUGAGAAGGAAGAGCAUGAAUCAAGUAUGGACAAGAUAGCACCAUGUGAUGACGUAUCUGAUGAUUCUGUACCAUGGGAAGAAAAGGAUUUAAAAGUGUUUGACGAGGUGGAGCAUGAAGCUGGAGAGACGAAGAAUGAUGGAUAUGACAGUGGUGGGUUUCGAGAGAGAAAUAUGAUUGUACAAGAACCAGGGCGGAUAGAGAACAUUCAGGAUCCGAUGUUUGAGGCGUUUGACAAAGAUGCUGCUGCAGAACCUCAAGAGCUUACAACUCCUAGACCUCUUAGUCCUGUUCUCGAUGUUACCAGGUUUACUCAAGAGCCGGAGCAGAUAGAGCCGAUGAAGCAAAAAGAAGUCACCGAAACAUCCGAGUCAGAUAAGAUGACACGUUCUACUUUGCAUGAGCCAGAGAAGACGAGCACCAAUCAAGAGCCAAUAGAACAGAUUUCCACUGAGCAUAUGGGAAAUGAAAACACCAUUUUGCAAGGGCCAGAGCAAAUGGAGGCCGUCCAAGAACCAUCGACGCAAGUUCCUGCUGAGCCUACGAUUAUAGAACGCCAAAUCGUACAAGAGUCCGAACAGAUUGAAACCGCUCAAGAAUCAAUGGUGCAGAUUCCUACCAAACCUUUGAUAAUGGAAGGUCGUGAAAGUACAACACCGACGCCACGCCAUUUUGAUCCCAAUGACGACAAAACUCAAGAAAUGGCACUAGCUGCCCAGACCUAUGCUUCGAGCAGUUCUCCAAGCCCGAGACGAUCACCAACUGCACGAGAACCAAGAGGAGAUCUGCCAGAAGAGUACCUCUCUAGACGAUCGAGAAGAGAUAUCGAGAAAAAGAGAAGGAAGAAGUCAAUCGAAGUUGACGAUACCCUAGAUCUUUUACCGGCACCAAUCCAAGAAGCCUUGCGGAAUACUAUUGUUCAGCCCCGAGCUAGAGAAAUCAGUCCUUCGCCAAUCUCCUCUCCGAUAGCCGAACGAGCCAAACGAGCUAGAUCAAGAUCGCGUCCUCCAUCUCGUCCUGGAACACCUGGCUUGACAAUGCUACGAGAAGAAUCAGAGGAUGAGAAUGCUCUCAAUGUGGGAAACAGAGACAGUGCUAUUAUCAGCGAAUCUCCGAUUCCCCCUCAAGGAAGCUUCGCAGACAAAAAUGAAGACAUUCGUGAUAGUGGCAUUCACUUGAGAGAUAAUUCGCCUUCUAUGCGUGUUAGAGCUCCCGUCUCUUCAACCGAUGCAGCCAUCGAAAGUAUGGCGUGGCCUUCCGUGGAUGAAGAUGCUGGGACGGUUGAUCUCGAACAGCCGCAACGACCAAAAGUUGUAGAGGACUUAACACAUCACGGCCGCGAAAUUGAUGAUCUGCCAUCUCAGAGACACAAAGAAGAGAGGCACACAGAUCUACAUAGAACGCAGGCAAUUCACAGAGCACUAUCGCCCCUUGAAGAAAAGCAUAAACUUACUCGCAAGACUUCUUUGAGUCGUGGGGAACUAGCAGAAGCGAAUCAUGUAGACUUUGUCCGAUCCCAACGACUUAAGGCAUUUCAAACUAAAUCCAAGGAAAGGUUAUCUGAGCCUCUUCGAGCAGAAGCAACUAACAACCCAGUGACCCCAGAAAAAGAACAUAGAAGGCAUCGUGUCCACCGUUCUGAAUUUCCUGACCUCCAGCACCGCAAACCAAAGGAAAACAAAUAUGGGGACCUUGAACCAGUUAAAACUCCAAAAACUCCUAGAGCUGAGCAGCGAAGUGUUUCCGAGAGUUCUCCAUCUUUAAUCGGAAGUGCAGCUCUUGCUGCAGCCGGAUCUGGAUUUGCAGCAGCAAGGAAGCUAAGUCAAGAAAGCCGACCUUUAAGUGCUCAAAGUCACAAAAGUCAGAGAUCUGCUUCAAAUAUCAGUGUUACUCGAUUGCGAACGCCCGUUCCAUUAGAUGCGCCUCCCGCGCCACAGUUCCCCAAUGGCGCUAAGACCAAUCGUUCGUUUACACCGCCACUUCGCCGUAGCGCCCGGAAAAUUAGCGGGGAUCCAAGAUCGCUCCGUCAACAAAGUAAUAUUGAUCUCGCUAAGGAAAUUGAUCCAGCCUCCAUCAAUACCGCUACAUCGACAACCUUAACAAAUACUGCAAAUCCAACUGCAAAUGAGGGCCGAGCCAGGGCGCAAGAUAUGGCCGAUGUCUACGAUGGCUAUGGUGAAGGCCACAUGGGCUCACCACGAUCCCCAACUCGACCUCACAGUAUGCGACGACGACAAAGUAUGCAAGUUUUGGAACUCGAAUCAAAACUGGAUCAACUAACUGCGGAAAAUCGCGCUCUCGCCGAAUCUAAAGCUCAUGCCGAACAUAUGCUCCGAUCAAGUCAAGGCGCACCUGCGGCCUUGGUAGAGAGGGAUGCGCAAAUCGAUCUACUCAAACGAACACUGUCAUCGAUGCAAGAUGAGGUUAAAAGAUUGACAGAAGUGAAUGCGGGUCUUUCUAGCGCGGCUGUUACACUAGGUCAACAACAUAAUGCACGAUAUGGCACACUCGAAUCACAACAUGCACAAACUUCACGCGAACUCCAGCAGGCCCGCGAGGCUCAUCACAACCUGCAAAACGAAGUACAAGGUGUCAUACACAAUGCUAUACAAGAAAGAGACCAGGAAAUUGCAUCAUUACGAUCUCAAUUGGAUGUGGCCAAGGAACAAAUUCGGGCAAUGCAGAGGGAAAUUCUAGCUGCCAAAGCUGGUGAUGCUCAAUUCCUGAUCAUCCGAGAUGAGGACUAUUUCGAUAAUGCCUGCCAACAACUCUGCCAACAUGUGCAGCAAUGGGUACUUAGAUUCUCGAAGUUUUCUGACAUGAGGGCCUGUAGACUCACGAGCGAAAUCAAUAACGAUAAAACCAUUGAUCGGCUCGAUAACGCCAUUUUAGAUGGCUCGGAUGUGGAUAGUUAUCUUGCAGAUAGAGUGAGGAGACGAGAUGUCUUCAUGUCAAUGACAACGACCAUGGUGUGGGAAUUCAUAUUCACUCGCUACUUAUUUGGCAUGGAUCGAGAACAAAGACAAAAGCUCAAGUCAUUGGAGAAGAUAUUGUCUGAAGUUGGACCGCCAUCGGCAGUUCAUCAAUGGCGUGCUACGACUUUGACCUUGUUAUCCAAACGAGAGUCAUUCGCCAGACAGAAAGAACAGGACACUCUGGCUGUGGUGCAUGCUGUUUUAGAGACCCUAACGGAGAUCUUACCUCCACCUAGUCACCUUGAAGGUCAAAUCGAGGAACAACUCAAACGCGUUAUAAAAGCUGCUGUUGAUCUCUCUAUAGAAAUGCGCACUCAACGCGCAGAAUACAUGAUGCUACCACCACUUCAACCCGAAUAUGAUGCCAAUGGCGAUCUCGCAAGCAAAGUCUCCUUCAACGCUGCACUCAUGAAUGAACGCAGUGGGGAUACCAUUUCUAAUGAAGAACUCGAGGCACAAAGAGCUGUCGUCAGAGUUGUACUCUUUCCACUUGUGGUGAAGAAAGGUGAUGAUUUAGGACAAGGCGAUGAGGAAAUCGUGGUUUGUCCUGCUCAGGUUUUGGUUGCCAAACCCAGAAUGGGCAAGGGGCCAGUGGGAAGGGUUUACAGUCCGGCUAGUGGAGUGGACAUGGACAGGAGAAGUGAUAGGAGCCGAACUCCUGCUAGUUUGCAGAGUAGUAUGCCCGAUAAUAAUGUUAUCUGA